ACGAAUCCGGAAUAUGUAUCCGGGAAAGAACUUGUUCCGAAGAAGAAGAAAAAUGAUGAUGUCAAAAACAUGUUUUUAACCUUUUUACCCAUCUAUGCUAAUUAUUUGAUUUUGAUAUGGUAUAUUUAUAGUCCCUUUUGUCAAACAGCUCCAACAGACAGCUCAAUUGCCACCAUUGAUUCUAUUGGACAAUCUCAUACUAGAGAAAAUGUGCAAGAUACAUCAGCCAAGAGUAUUGAUAAAACAUUUAGAAUGGAAUAUCACCAGACGACGGUGAAGACAAGAUGGCCAAUUAUUAACAUUGAAACACAAGCGCAAUUACAUUUAACACAGAUUAUUAUGAUGUGCCAUAUACUUAGAAAAAGAACACAAAUAACAAAUCAAAAAGUUUAUGAUAAUUGUUGUACAUAUCUUCAUAAUCAUGAUAAAGUUAGUUUAGAAUAUUUUUAUGCAAAAUUUUGUUCUCUUUGUGUUCAGCAUUUUCAUGAUAUGCCACAGUUGAGUAAAGGCGUGUGUAAUAUAAAUGAAUUAGAUAAUUUAAAAUCAGAUAAAUAUUUUGAAAUAUAUAAUCAAAUGAAAAAGCGGAAAAAUAACAUGAAGAAAAAAGUUAAAAGACAAGUUACUAAUAAAGGGAAAGAUAAUACAAAGGAAAAUAUUCAUAUCAAAAAGAAAGAGAUAAAAUCCAACACUACAGAAGUAACAACAGAUAGCAGUUUACAUGUUUCAAAAAGAGGCUUGAAUGAUACUGACAAUUCGACAAUUCCUGGUAUGGCAGACUGGGAGGCUAUUUUACAGAUGGAAUACUCUAAAGACCCCCAGUGGGCCCUGGUAUGUGUGGUAUUUCUUGUUACCUUAGUAUUAGUAGGUGUAUGGUACUGUGGGAUGUGUAAGAAUACACACACAGAAUACAUAGAUCCAGUAGUUACACAUAAUCUCAAACCAGAGUUUGUUAAAGAUGUAGUGCUGCGUAAAGCAAGAUUUCUGGCAUGGUUCAAGUAUUUAAAGAGUAGAAGAAAGCAUGUACGACAGAAAUCUGAAUCUGAAGCUGAAGCGUUGUUAUCUAGUAAUAAUAGCAGUGAAGAAGAUCUUUUUGAUCAAACAGAUAUGUCAGCUUUUUAAGCAAUUCAUGUUUUAAGAGGGGUCAAAGAAUUGAGGGUUAUUGUAUUAACAAAUAUAUUAUACUUAAAUUAACAAAAAUGUGGUAAUUUAUUUUCAGUUGGAUUUGAGCCCUUAUCUUAAGUUAUAAGAUAAUACAUAAAAUUUCUAAGAAUUCUCAGAAAUUCUUGAAAAUAUUGAAAACCAUCUCAUGCAUUCAACCACCAAACCUGUCCUUUUUAAAAUUAAAUGGUGCUAUUUCAGAAAUGUGCUUCACUGCGUGUUAAAGGUUCUUUUGUUUUAUUUACAAUGCAUAAAAUGGAUUAUUUUUUUAUUUUUUAGGAUGACAAUUUUUUAUGUGUCUUUUUGCCAGACUUUAUAGUACAUUUUUGUAGUACAUGUAGUAUCUGAAACACCACUUUAUCUAUUUGGAACACCCCUAAGCUUUCUGGAAUAUACAGAAGCCUUCAGUGAUAUUUUGAGUUCAGGACUGACAAUUUUCAUUAGUAAUUGUUAUUAAAAUAAGGAGAUGUGGUCUGAUUAUCAAUGAGACAACAAUGCACUCGAGUUCAAAUGAUGAAGAUAUAAGCAAUUAUAGGUCACUGCAUGACUUCAACAAGAAGAAAACCCCAUACUGUAUAGUCAGUGGUCAAAGACACUGAUAUGAAAAUAGUGAAGCAUUGUAAAGAAGGAAAACAAAAUGCACAAUUUAUGGCAAUACCAUUUACAGUAAACACAUAUGACAGACAUGAAUCAACAACAGCUGUUGCAUUACAUACUUUGACUUGGGACAAGAUAUGCAACUAGAUUUAAUCAACAAAUUACUUCACUUGUUAGCAAAUGCAAUAAUGAAUCCACAGUAGUACAGUUGUCUUCCAGGAAUUCCUAUGAUGCUUUUGAGCUUUUGGUUUUGCCAUUUGAUAAGGGACUUUCAGUUUUUAAUAUACCUUGGAGUUUGGUUAUUUUUGUUAUUUAACUACAUUUUGGGGACAGGCACAUAAAGGAAUACAACGAAGGUAAAGUCAAAGUUAGACAUUAAUAACUUAUCAAACCUUCAUGAAAUUUUAUUUAAAUUUCUACGGAGCUUUAUUAUGGUCAAUAGAAAGGAUCCACAGCAACAUUUCAAAAACACAUUAUUUUACUGGAAUAAUCUGAAUCCACAUUUUAGAUUUUUUUCUUC